AUUUGAAUUCAUAAUGAAUCGAAGUAAUUCCCCAAUUCAAAGACCACUUUCAAAUAUUUCUAACAGAAAUCUAACUUUCAAUAAGUUAUCAACUAAAUAAAAUGACAGCACAUCAAAAGCUUUUGCUCCAAAUUCAGUCAUAUUUCCCCAACACUUUGAGACAACAAAGUCAACUAUUUAAGAAGUUAAAUCCUCAACAAAAAACAUGAUAACCCCAAAAAGUAGCAUUACUUCAUUUACUUCGACUCCAAGACUCAGUUCAAACAAUUAUGAUGAUCGUAAGUCUAAAAUGUUGAAGAAGUCCUUUAAUAAUCAAUAAAAAACUAAAUUUGUUUUGUUUAAGAUAUUAGUAUUUUUGAGUAUUAUAGCUGUUGCCCUCUUGCUUUACUAAAUACAAGCAAAUUUAUUUUCCCAAACAAAAUCAAAUAAAAUUUCAGGUGAAGUUCAAAUAGCCAAAGAGAAAAUGAUAGCAGACAGCAUUUCUAAUUCCAUAAUUUAAACUGUGGUUUAUGAGCGCAAAAAGAUUAAUCUACAGAAGGAGAAGAACGAUGUUGAAUCAUUUUAUUAGGACGACUUUUCAUCUAAUUUAUGGAAAUUAGUAAAUAAAUAUUGAAAUUAAAAUUAGGUUCUUGAAAAUGUGAAUAAAGACUUAAGAGUAAGAGUAGAAAAAUAGGAAAAUGAAGAGUUCUGGACUGUUUGA